AAUUUGAUCAUACAUUAGGAUGCUGCGUUUGGAUGAUAUGCGGAGAGAGAGAGACUGUGUGCGUAACACACACACACACAGAGAGAGAGAGAGAGAGAGAGAGAGAGGAUCACAGCGGCUCUACGGUCACAGGCGAGCGUCACACAGACACAUCCGUCGCGGUUUACGGUGAAUCGCGCGACACAGGCCUGCGUCCGACACCGUAAACCGACACACACAGCGGAUCGUAUGAGGCACACGAGCAGCCAAACCCGUCCAGCGGAACCCGACGAGUGUUUCAUGACAGCGAUCGAGAAGAAAACGAGGAGAAUCCAGGAAUAACGCGCGACUCCGGAGCGACAUCAUAUUCAUUCCGAGGGUUUGUGCUGAAGAAAGCCAUGAGAUCUUCUACUUGCAGCACCUGAAAGAGAUUUACAUAAUCAAGGCACGAUGGAAGAGCCGUACAAAGAUUCUGUAGCCGUAGACAUGGCAAACCCUCAGGAAGAGGUCUGCAAUGGUGGAUCCGCCGCCACUGAUGCAGUUGGGAAACUAGAGGGGGAGACCACUCCAAUUAUUUCACCAGAGACAUGGAGUGUCAGCACACCAAGCAUAACAAAGCGAUCCAUGUCCCCAAUGCUAACGAUACAAGCCACCCCAGUGGUGACCCCGGCUGCUGAGUCUCCCAACGGUGUUGCCCUGAAGGUUGCUACAACUGUGCUCCAGCCAAUCUGCUUGGGGGAGAGUCCAGUAGUAUUGCCAAUCCUUGCAGGACCAGCUGGACCUCAAGUCGGACAAUCAGGAGCCACUUCGUACCUGAUGACUAGUCAGGGUCCUGUGUCCCUACCUCUGGUCUUGGAACAACAAGUCCUCCAACAUUUGAAUCAUCAAUUGCUUCAACAAACGGCAACUUGUCCUGCCCUGCCACUGCAGAACAGCAUCCUGUGCCAAAACCCAUCCCUUGCUCUCGGAGCACCUCCAGUCCUAGACCAGAAAGGCACAAGUCCAGUGUUGGAUACUAGUCUACUGACUCUUCUUCAGAAUCCUAACUUUGCAGCCAUCUUGCAGGACCUUUUCCCUGGCCAGGGCAACUCUCCUCCUACUUUCCACCCAGCGUCUUCCCCACAAAUUGACCUUGCCUCUGCGUUCCUUCCUCCUCCACCUCUCUCGCAGCCCUACAGCUCUCCAUUAGCCCCUCUGGUGCCUCCAGCCACCUUGCUCGUCCCCUAUCCUGUUGUAAUCCCACUUCCAGUGCCUCUUCCAAUCCCAAUGCCAAUCCCAGUCCCGGUCUCCGCUUGCAAGGACUCCAAGGCAGAGGUAGAUGUCCCUAAACCGGCUUGUACUUAUAGCAAAAGCACCCAAACUUCACCUAGUGACAUCUCCCCUCAUUUUUCAUUCACCAGCAAGGAAAUGGCAGUAGUCCAACAGUCUCUUCACUCUUGCUCGUCCCCUGUAGUGACAGACGGAGAAGUGCUAGAUUUAUCCAUAAGGACACCUCAACCUUCAAUGUAUAUUGAUGUGCCACAAGGGAUCCAGCCGUUUCAGCAAGACAAUGUCCUUGAUUUGUCUAUACCUAGUAAAAGAAAGACAUGCAUCCAGACUUGUAGCACAUAUGGUCCCUUGGCCCCGGAGCGGGAGAGGGUGUGCCACCUGGGGGACGAUGUUAGCAGAGGGGCUUUGGCUCUUGGGGUUCUCCGGCCAGUAGACUGCACGCCGAAGCUAGACACCAAGCUGCUAAGUGGUUUAGCAUCUCUAGAGUUCAGCAGACAGCACAAGUGGGUGGUAGAUAGCGGUCACAGUCGGACAGUGGCAGGGGCGGUACAUGACUCUGCGCUCACCGGAAGUGGAAAUAUCGAGAUCGUCAGCACAUCGCAGACAGCCAAAGUCAUUGUGUCGGUCAAAGACGCCAUGCCCGCCAUCUUCUGCAGCAAGCUAAAAGGAUUAUCAGGCGUUUCUACAAAGAACUUUUCCAUCAAACGUGAUGCCAGUCAAGGGGGCUUUGCCUCACUUCCCAGGGUCCCAGGGGAUCAGCGAGGAGAAUCCAGUGACCCACUCAAAAAGAUCUCUAAAAACAGAGGAAUCAAACUGAAGAAAGUAAGCUCCCAGGAGAUUCAUAUCCUGCCCAUAAAGAAGCAGCGACUGGCUGCAUUUCUGCCCAGAAAAUAACACAUGCUCUCUUGCUUUCAGAGUGAGAAGGGAAAACAUGAGCAAUGAAAUGGCGACUGAGGUGUAGCUAGGUAAAUAACUACUUUGAAAAAAGCCGGUCUGAGAAAUUAAGCCUGGGUAUGAUGAUGAUAAAUGCAUUCCUGGCAGAAAUAAAGCCUAAAGCUUUUUCUCCAAGCUGUUCAAAUGAUUUAAACUGAUGCUGGCCGCUUCUGGUCUUACGGUUGGCAUUUGAUCCAUUCAUUAUAAAGCAAUCAGACAAAGUCGACAGGAAAAGUAUAAAAGAACCAAUCUGAACUGCCUAAACUGCACUACUACUGAGAUUGUUUUAGCAUUAACGCCAGACUCGACUCCCUUCCUAUGCAUUUUGAUUUCGGUCACACAUCCUCAUGAAUGAUUCAUCACGCGUGAUCUGCAUUGUCAUUAAUAUGCAUGAGAUCUGAUUUGAAACCUGGCCAGCUGUCAGUGAGAAACGCGACGUGUAGCACUGACAAAUUCUCGUCCGGCUAAUAUGCUGAAUUCUUGCUCUCCUCUCGCUGUUUACACUUGGAGUGCAAGACGUUUCCCAUUUUUGGUCCUAAUGAACUGUAGAAGGGAACCGUGAACUUUUGCUUCCCUAAUCACUGUAUUAAUCAGUGGGGCACUGGAGCGGAGCAUCCUCUUUGAAGAACACGAGGGGUAAGCAGUUAGCAUGGCAGCCUGAUAAUGACUUGGCAAAGCCCAGAUCUCGGUUUCAUUAAAUCUGAUGAUUGGAGGAAAUGGUUGUCACUAGCAACAAAGCAUAGUUUUCAUCAGCAUCCCUUUGGGGGGUAAAAAGCCUCCCUUCCCCCCGCCCCAAACCAAAUUAAAACUAAAUAAUCAUUGGGGGUUUGUCCCUAACGACAGCAAAUCUGAGUGAAAUGGCUUAUUAAUGCUGUUUUUAUGACCGUGCGUUCAACUCAAAGUAAUAAUCAAGAUAAUCUGUCAAGAUAAUCCUUGUUUUUUUUUUAUCUUUGAUGAAAAUGAAGAACUUGGGUGAUGUCAGCAAAGUUGCACAAGCAAUUGGCUAAUAUUAAGGCUAUUUAGUCAAUGUUAAAGCUACUGUUGCUAAAAGAUAAUGCAGAAUAUUUAAUGCCAAGUAACAUUACAGGAUAAAAGGUCAUGGCAAUAAUGAUAGAAUUAGAAGUGUUACCAUUUGAAUAUGUGGAGAUGCUCGAGGGUGAACUUGACCUUCAGUCCCAGUCAAAACACCUCUUCAAAAGUGUGUGAUAGUGAUUGUUACAACCCAUUGCAAACGCCCCUUUAGGUCUAGCCUAAUUCCCCUGCUUUUCAUGAUUUUCAAAUACAUUUCUCAUGGAUAAAAUUAAGUGCCACUCUUUUUAAAAAAUGUUUUUACUUUAAAGCAUUCAAAAAUAAUUUGAUUGUGGAUUAUGAAUGCUGCUUUAUGGCACAGAAUCAGUGUUUUUGUUGCUUUCAUGUGGCUGGUGGUUAGAUUGAUAGCAUGAGGGCGUGUAUUGAACCACAGGUUUCCACCCUCUCAUUAACCUCUUGAUCAUCCCAGUUUAGUAAUCAUCUUAUUAAAACUGUGCUACAGCUGACAGACUCCACAUCACAAACUCAACACUGAAUCAGACAAACUAGCCCCAUAAGUACAUACAGUAUAUAAAACCCAUUUUAUUUAAGAUAAAAAUUGUGAUUUUUCAUGACUACUAAACACAUUUCUCUCUCAUUAUUCUGUGUCUAGAUGGUUAUAUAUAUAAGUGCCACUUGAUUUACUGAGUUUACUCCUGUUGUUCAAAUGGAUAUUUUGUGUAAAGUUCACAAAAUGGUCAAGAACAUGCCAACAAGUCAUAUUGCAUCCAAAAAAGAAAAGAUCUAAAAGAAAUUAGAUUUUGCUUUAAGUAGAUUAAUAGAAACUCUUUUCUAAAACUAUUUUGGAGGACCUUUUUUGGCUUUUUUUCAUUACGAUAGUUAUCAUAAAACCAUUUUCCAUCAUAAUAAGAAAUUAUAUGUAUGUGUAUAUAUAUAUAUUACAUUUCUCAAUAUCAGUUACUGUGUUUAGUUGAUCACAAAAUGACUAAUACUUUUUUUAUUUUUUUUAUUUAAAGCAGCAUUAAAGUUAAAAUACUGCCAAAAUGUAUAAAUCCUUUACAAUUUUAAUUGAUCCUUUUUUGUGCAUUUAUAAUAACAAGAAUUUGGAUGGAAAAUGGUGUUUAUGAUAAAUUAUCACAAUGCAAUUUUUUUUGGGAUCGGACUAAUUUCUACUCAUUUUCUUAAAGCAAAAUCUAAUUUAUUUUAGAUCUUUUAAUAUUUGGGUGCAGUAUGAUUUGCUGGCAUGUUCUUGACCAUUUUUGUGAACUUUACCCAAAAUAUCCUUUAUAACAACAGGAGUAAACUCAGUAAAUACGAUUUAAUUCUAUUUAAGGUGUUAUAUUUCAUACUUCAUGCAAGUUCACCCCAACUGUAAGAUCCUCUCCACAGUCAAACCAACACGAGUCUCAUUUGGUCACACGUGAAGAUUCUGUGUAAAAUAAUUUAUUGUUUUUACUAAGUCAGUACUAAUAUGAUGCAGUGGCUCAGAAGAGACUUCAUUCCACGUUCAGCAGAAUCAAAAUGAACUUCAAGACACCAUCAGUGGUGUGCACAGAAAGAUAGAUGAAAGCAAGGCAGGAUUUAUUUGACAUGUCAGUAUGAAAUGUGCCGUCUCGUGUUUGCGUGUUUGCUUAUAGGAAUUCUUUCAGAAGGAAAACCAGGAAGGCGUCUUUUAUAGUUCACAUUGAGCCAGGAAAGGUUUUCAUGUAGAACUUUCCCAAACGAUCAGCUUGACAGAUUUCUUCCAUUUUCAGAGUUGAUUCAAGUAUUGGGUUUUAGAGUUCACACCAAAUACAUCUGAUGAACUACUGUGCAAAUUUACUUGUUUUCUUUCUUUUUUUAUUUUUAUGUCAGCACUAAAGUGUGUUAGUCCUUAGUUUUUGUCUAGUUUUCCUGUACAAAUAUCUAAACCUUCUUAAAUCAAGAUUUAAUGACUUUGUUUAAAACAAGUGAUCUGCCAAUGGAGCAAGAGAAAUAAACGUGUUCUUUUAAAUAGGCUUAUUUUUCUUAACUCUUUGGUUUUUGGUAUAAGCAAAGUCAGAACUAAAUUUGGAUAACUUUUUCAAAACACAAAUUCAAUGCAUCUUAAUUUAAGAAUGUAAGACUUCGUCAAAAUUUCGCAGUUGUAAAUCAUUUUCCAGCAUGUGAUAUUAGCAUGCAGUAUAUUCUCACUUUUCUCAGAUUUUCACAAUAAACAGUUAGCAUGAACACCUAGUUUAAUGAAUAAACAAUAACCGUUUCUAUGAUAUGAAUUAAUUUGUGUUGAGACGACCCUGAAAUUGUAAGUAUUUAAGUAUGAGGUUUUUUUUUACAUCAAGAGCUUUUGUGAACCACUGAAUGGGUAAAAGAAUGAAACCGAGUCUGGUGAUGUUUUAAAUUAUUUAUUUAUUAUUUGUAUCGUUGAAAAUGUGUACGUGACGAAAUGCAUUAGCUUUAAAAAGUUCAUGAUUAAAAACGUCUCUGGUAUCAA